AUGGCUGGUGCCAAGCCACUUGCGUUGCCUACGGUGGCAAGUACCAAACUGUCUAGUACUAAUGGAGAACUCCUAUCUGAUCCUUCUACUUAUCGCCACAUCAUUGGGGCCCUCCAAUACUGCACAAUCACCCGUCCUGAUAUUUCUUAUGUUGUUAACCAGCUCUGUCAAUAUAUGCACCAACCACGAACUCCACACUGGCAAGCUAUGAAGCGCGUUCUUCGCUACUUAAAGGGCUCUGUCAACCAUGGACUGUUCUACACACCAUCUCCUCUCCAACUACAUACCUACUGUGAUUCGGAUUGGGCAGGCAAUCCAGAUGACAGAAGAUCUACUAGCGGCUAUGGUGUUUUUCUAGGUCGAAACCUGGUUUCUUGGAGCUCCAAGAAACAACACGUGGUCUCUCGUUCGAGUACCGAAGCUGAGUACCGUUCAAUGACACUCGCUACAGCUGAAGUAUACUGGCUCUGA